AUGGACAUAUCCAACCCGCGGAGGGCUCUUGCGCUCUCGCUCUCGUCGCAGGCUCAUCACCUGUCUCGCGUCAUCAAGGACCUCACGGGCGAUGCGCCCUCGCCUGUCACAGACUCGCUAGCAGGCGUGACCCAUGAUCUUGUACUCUCAACGCCGUACUACAAGACCACGCUGCCCAUAUGGCUCGACACACCAACAGCACCGGCAGACUGGUCCGCCUCAUUUCUAUCAGACGAGGCGAGAGAGGUUCUGGAUGUCUUGGGCGGCGUCAUUGUCGUCUUUUCACUGCAUGAGGACAAGCAAGAAACAAGAAGUCUGCUUCACGAAGUGGGCAAAGUGGUCAAGGAGGGCCUCGGGGGGUGGGAAUGGGAUGGUGUAGGUGUCGCCGUUGGUAUUGGCAACGGUGACGCCGAUGCAUGGGACGAACUAUGCGCUGCGGGCGGCCUGGAAUUCGUGCAGCUGACAGGCAACGACCAGGGCCGCAAUGAGUUUGGAGAGAAAAUGGGCAUUGCGCGUGUCAAGGAAGCUCUCGAAGCGAACGAUUGGGCAUCGUUAGACGACCAUGACGCGCCGGCGGACUUUGGCGAGUUUGAGGAUCCAGACGAGAAUGGUGAUCAGAAAGACUUGGACCCCGAGAGCAUGGGCUUCGGGUUCGAUCGUGCCGACUUUGAGGGCCUCCGCAAGUCAAUAUGGACUUCGGGGCAAGUACAGGACGAAGAGACACAGCCAGUCGGUGGAUUGCGCGAGGGUGCGCAAGCUGCCGACGCCGCCAGCAUCCCCGUCUCCAGUCGCGCCGAGCCUCCGACAACAGAGAACAACCAGCAGGGGUCUGGCUUGGUGGACGAGGAUCUUGAAAAGGUCGAGAAGAUGAUGCGCAAGCUGCAGGCUGCUCGCGAAGCAGGCGAAGGGAUGAGCGAAGCGCAGAGGAAGAGGAUGGCGGCACGGGCUGUGGAAGAGGUAAUGCGGGAGAUGUGA